AUGAAGGCUCUACGUCGGUCCAUCAAGGGCGACAAGGACAAGCAGCAUCACACCUCAGUAGGGAGCAAGUCUGCUGUCGCCAUCAUCCCUCCAAAAAAGGUCAUCAGAGCGUUGUACGACUACGAGGCCCAGUCGUCGCAGGAGCUGAGCUUCUCAAAAGGAGACUUUUUCCACGUCAUUGGCCGCGAGAAUGACCCUGACUGGUUCGAGGCUUGCAAUCCUGCCCUGCCAGAUGCGCGUGGCCUAGUUCCCGUGGCCUUCUUCCAGGCUUUGGGCCGUACUGAGCGAGAUAGCGCCCAAUCUGAUGGCGGCCGACCGCCCACGGCCAAAAGCCCCGAUCAUGACUCUGGCUACGGGGAAACCCCAUCACAUCCCGUCACGACCGCUGCACCCAUCAACCAUCGCAGCACCAAAUCCGCAGACAUCGACAACAAAAUCUUCGCCAUUGUCAUGUAUGACUUUGAGGCUCAGAGGGCAGACGAGCUUGGCGCAACCAAGGGCGAGCAAAUCAUCAUCAUCGCCCAGUCCACUGCCGAGUGGUUCGUUGCCAAACCCAUUGCGAGACUGGGAGGACCAGGCCUGAUUCCCGUUUCAUACGUGGAGAUACGCUACGUCAAAACCCGAGAAGUCGUUCCCAACGCGCUCGAGGCCGUUCGAAAGGCUGGGGUCCCGAGUGUGGAGGAAUGGAAAAAAAUGGCCGCAAGUUACAAGAAUAGCAGCAUCACUCUUGGCAAGUUCGAGGGUGGAAAUGCAGCCGCUCAACAGCAAAGCCUUGAACAGGGCAUGGAUCGUAUGAGUCUUCAAGGCCAGGGUACCCAAAAUGGAGCAAAGCAUCUCGCCGGCCAACACAGCGUGUCCCAAGUUGCCCAGUUUGCCCCUGAUCAAUCCACUCCGCAACUCUACGCUCCUAUUCAAGCUUGGAUUCCCCGCUAUUGCUUUGCCGAAGAGAAGUACUGGUUUGUCAUUGUUGCUGUGCUUGAGGAUGGCCGUCACUGGGAGCUUUCACGAUAUUACGAAGAUUUUUACGACUUCCAGAUAGCUCUCCUCACCGAGUUUCCUGCCGAGGCCGGAAAUAACGGAGGUCAAAAGCGAACCCUUCCCUACAUGCCGGGACCCGUGAGUUAUGUUACCGACGCCAUCACCGAGGGGAGGCUUCACAAUCUGGACGCAUACGUCAAAAACCUGCUGAGACAGCCAGAAUACAUUUCAAGAUGCAACCUGGUCAAGCAAUUUUUCGCUCCUCGCGAAGGAGACUACGAAGUAGACCCGGCUGACGCGGAAGAGGAAUAUCGACUGUCGCAAGGCUCUCACCAGUCCGUCGAAUCCCCCGGCAACAGCACAUCUCAUUCCAACUUGAACGGAAACGGUUAUUCCAGUCUUUCUGCGGCGAACCCACAUAUGAAUAAUACGCAGCAAAGUAUGGCGAGCCAGCAAACCUCGUUAAUAAAAGUCAAGAUGUAUUUCAACGGCGACCUCAUUGCCAUCCGGGUUGCAGCCGACGCGAACUAUCAGCAGCUAUGCGAAAAGAUUCGGGAUCGGCUCAAGAUUGCGCCCAAUGAUCGGUUUGACCUGUUUUACAAGGAUGAAAAAACAGGCAACAAGCUAAAUCUCAUGAGCAACAACGACCUCGAUUUUGCCUUGCAGAGAAAUGAGAAGCUUGUUCUUUACGUCGAGGGUGUCUAA